AUGAGUAGCGACAAAUAUGUAAAGUUACUUUCGUUAAAUUUGGAUAGGCGUAUAAAUAGAAGCCAAAGCACUGCCAAGAAUGGAACUACAAAAUCUAACUUGGAUUUAUCACCUACAUUGAGCAGUGUUGGUAGGAAGUCAAACAGCUUGUUAGGCUUAGUUUCGGUUAAAACGUCUACAAACUAUUCAAACACUUCACGCUCGUCCAGUGCAUCAGACGUAUCCAUUGCUUCUGAUCUGUCUAACUUGUCUAACAAAUCCAUUAAAAGCGAGCAGUUAAACCCCUAUAAAAGAGUGAACUCCCUAAGUGAGUACAUAUUCAAGUUUAAAAAAUUAAAGACAGAAAACAAUACAAAGCUGGGUAGUAUCAUAUUCAAAAAAUUUAAUACAAACAAAAAAAAAAGGGUAGAUACAUUAAAUAAAUAUACGGACACUAACUUAUUAAGUUUUAGAUGUGUAUCAACAAAUAGUGAAACAAAUCCUACCAAGGACCUUUACAAUUUGCAUAGCAAACAAAAAGGUCAUUUAGAAUGCAGCCAGAGUACCCUAAUAGAGGGCGAAAUGGGGUGCACCAACAUUACUACUACUACCACUACUACUUUUCUGUUCAACAACAUUAAAGGUAUUAGUAACAGUAGUAGUAACAGUAGUAGUAACAGUAGUAGUAAUAGUAGUAAUAAUAGUAGUGGCAAUUGCAGUGGUAACAGUAGUAACAACGGACGUAGUAAUAACAGUCCAAGUAAUAAUAAAAAUCGUAGUAAUAGUAAUAGGAGUAAUAAUAAUAGGAGUAGUAGUAAAAGGAGUAGUAGUAAAAGGAGUAGUAGUAAAAGGAGUAGUAGUAAAAGGAGUAGUAGUAAAAGGAGUAGUAGUAAAAGGAGUAGUAGUAAAAGGAGUAGUAGUAAAAGGAGUAGUAGUAAUAGUAGUAGUAGUAAUAGUAGUAGUAGUCGUCGUAGAUCAUGUGAACACCACACGGCAAUAGGCGAGUCCCCCCUGUGGUCCUACGUCAAGAGUGUACACAACCUAGGAAUAAAUGUUCUCCAUGAGCAGACAAAGUCAUCCAUGUAUUUUUUAUCUUUCAUAAAAAUUAAUAGAGAGAUAAGCAAAAAAGACCUACUAAAGGAACCCAAGGAGAUGGAGUAUAUGCUCAGAACAGUACCAAAAAAGUAUUGCCUUAAAAGAAGUGCAAUAGAUUACUUGUUUAAAUAUGUUAGAAAGUCUGAUGAACUGAUGUAUAAACACAAAGGAGAUAAUAAAAAAAAAGCAAUAAAAGUUUUACACAAAAAUGGAAAGACAAUGGUAACAAUGAUGAUAAAAAAGAUGAUAAUAAUAAUGAUGCAAAUGUGUAGUAUACAAAGGAACAAUUCGAAAAAACAAAAAAAAAAAAAUUGGAAGCAUUUAACACAUAGUAAUCACAAAAAAAAAUUGAUGAAGAUUUUAUGGGAAAAAAGGAAUUACAGAUAUAACGAAAAAAAUAAAAAUCACAUUUUAAAAUUAUUUUUGGAUUAUAUUAUUUCUUUUUAUUCAAAAAAAGCAAAAAAUUGUUCAGCUUUAAAAAGAAAUUGGGGUCGAAUAGAUACAUAUAUUUCAAAAUUACUUUUUAAAAAUAUUUAUAAAAAGAAUGAAGACGAUUUAGUAUUAUCAUCAAUUGAUCAUUCUUGUAAAAAUUCAAGGAUGAGUACUACGAAGGAACAGAAUGAACAUGUCCAAAAAGAGUGUAAUAUAAAAUCUUCUGUUAUUGUUCAAUUAAGUAAAAAUGUAACUAUAGGUAGUGGUAAUAUAUUAUUCCCUGGUUCAACUUUUAUUUCGAACAAUGCAAAAAUAUACAUAGGUCAUCAUAAUUUAUUUGAAGAUAAUGUCAUGAUAAUAAAUAAUACAAAUAAGACUAUGCAUAUUGGAAGUUAUAAUAUUUUCCGUUCAGGCACUUGCAUAACAAAUACUCUUUCGAUAGGAAAUAGGAACUACUUCGACUAUAAAUGUACCAUUUCCAACGGAGGUAUUGACUGUUGUUCAUUUAUAGGGACAAAUAUGCUUUUCAGUGAUCCGUGGAACGAAAAAAAAAAUUAUAAAAUUGUUAGCAGCGCUAUAAGCAAAUUACAUCCCGUGCUUGUUGAAGUAAAGAGGAAAUGGAAAAAAAAAAAGAAAAAAAAAAAAAAAAAUGCAAAUUGCAAAUUGCAAAUUGCAAAUGAAAACGUAAAUGAAAUAUUUUUAAGAUAUAAUCACCUGAAUAAUUCAGGAUAA